AGAGCACCGGUGGCUUCCGGAGUUCGCCGAGGGACCCCGAAGCUCGUGAGCAGGGACGCGCAGUGUGGGUUAUGUUGGGAGCGUGGAUCACCGCAGACAAAUAAGAAAUCUGGACGGCACCAUGGGGGAUCUGCAGGACGAUAUCGAAGAGGAGCUGGAGAACACUCUAGAACAGGAGGACUAUGAAGACCCAGGUGUCCCCGUGCUUCAGGUGGAGGAGCCAGUGGCUGACCAAGACGAGCCCACAGCCUCAGACUACCGCAUCCCAUCACACCCAGCGACCCACGAGGUCUACGUGGAGUUGCACGAGCUGGUGAUGGACGAGAAGAACCAUGAGCUGCGGUGGAUGGAGGCGGCACACUGGAUGCAGCUGGAGGAGAAGGUGGGGGAGAACGGGACCUGGUGCCGCCCGCACCUGUCCUACCUCACCUUCUGGAGCCUUCAGCAGCUACGGCAAGCCUUUGCCAAGGGCACUUUCCUCCUGGACCUGCCAGAGACCUCCCUGGCAGGGGUGACCCACCAGCUGCUGGACAGGUUUAUCUAUGAGGAUCAUAUCCGGCCCGAUGACCGAGAGACGCUGCUCCGGGUCCUGCUGCUCCAACACAGCCAUGCCAGAGAACUGCAGCACUUGGAGGGUGUGAAGCCUGCAGUUGUGACGCGUUAUGGGCACGUGCCUCUGCUCCACCAGGAGCCCUUGUUAGAGACGCAGCUCUUCUGUAAGAAGGGAGAGGAAAACACAGAAGAGUAUUCACCAUCUGAAAUUCUGGAAAAGAUACCCCAAGACUCGGAGGCCACCCUGGUGCUAGCGGGCCAAGUAGAGUUCCUAGAGCACCCCGUGCUGGGCUUUGUGCGGCUGAAGGAGCCCUUGUCGCUAGAGGGGACCCCGUUGCUGGAGGAGGAGGUGCAGGCAAAAGUGCGCUUUCUCAUCGUGCUGCUGGGACCCCAGACCCCCCACAGCAACUACACCCAGCUGGGGCGGGCUGCUGCCACCCUCAUGUCGGAGAAGGUGUUCCGUGUUGAGGCCUACCUGGCCCAGAACCGGGAGGAGCUGGUGGAAAACCUGGAGGAGUUUCUGGACUGCAGCCUGGUGCUUCCUCCCUCUGAAGACUUCUCUGAGCAGGCCCUGCUCAGUCUGGUGCCUAUGCAGAGGCACUUGCUGAAGAGACGACUGGCUGCAGUCAAGCAGGAGCCCAAACUCUACAAGGGCUUAGAUUUGGAUGGGGGUCCAGAGGUCCCUGGUGGCCCGGAAGACCCUCUAAGGCGGACAGGCCAGUUCUUUGGGGGCGUGCUACGUGACAUCAAGCGCCGCUACUCCCACUACCCGAGCGACAUCAUAGACGCGCUCAACCUCCAGGUCUUGGCUACCGUUAUCUUCAUCUACUUUGCUGCCCUGUCACCUGCCAUCACCUUCGGCGGCCUCCUGGGAGAGAAGACCUAUAACCACAUGGGGGUGUCAGAGAUGCUCAUCUCCACAUCGAUCCAGGGCAUCAUCUUCUGCCUGCUCGGGGCUCAGCCGCUGCUCGUGGUUGGCUUCUCAGGACCGCUGCUCGUGUUUGAGGAAGCCUUUUUCUUGUUCUGCAGCAGCAACCAACUGGAGUACAUCGUGGGCCGCGUGUGGAUCGGCUUCUGGCUUGUCCUGAUAGUGGUGCUCAUCGUGGCCUUCGAGGGCAGCUUCCUGGUCCAAUAUAUCUCCCGCUACACCCAAGAGAUCUUCUCCAUCCUCAUCUCCCUCAUUUUCAUCACUGAGACCUUCUUCAAGCUGGUCAAGAUCUUCCAGAACCAUCCACUGCAGAAAGAAUAUGACUACAACGUGACAAUAGUGCCCAAACCUCAGGCUCCCCUGCCCAACACAGCCCUCUUCUCCUUUGUGCUCAUGGCUGGCACCUUUUUCUUAGCCCUGAUACUGCGCAAGUUCAAGAACAGCUCCUACUUCCCGGGCUGGCUGCGACGGAUCAUCGGAGACUUUGGGGUUCCCAUCUCCAUUCUGAUCAUGGUCCUAGUGGAUUUCUCCAUCAAAGACACCUACACUCAGAAACUCAGCGUGCCUGAAGGCCUCUCCGUGUCCAACUCCUCAGUCCGGGGCUGGGUCAUCCACCCGCUGGGUUUGCAGUCGCCUUUCCCCAUCUGGAUGAUGUUUGCCUCCAUCCUGCCUGCCCUUCUGGUCUUCAUCCUCAUCUUCCUUGAGUCCCAGAUCACCACUCUGCUUAUCAGCAAACCAGAGCGCAAGAUGGUCAAAGGCUCUGGUUUCCACCUGGACCUGCUGCUAAUUAUAGGCAUGGGCGGUGUGGCUGCCCUCUUUGGGUUGCCCUGGCUCAGUGCCACAACUGUGCGUACCAUCACCCACGCCAAUGCACUUACCAUCAUGGUCAAGGACAACACCCCAGGAGCUGCACCUCAGAUUCAAGGGGUCAGGGAGCAGCGGAUCAGUGGGCUCCUGGUCGCUGUGCUCGUGGGCGUGUCCAUCCUCAUGGGGCCCAUCCUGUCCCUCAUCCCCCUGGCUGUGCUGUUUGGCAUCUUCCUCUACAUGGGGGUCACAUCCCUCAGCGGCAUCCAGCUCUUUGACCGCUUCUUGCUUCUGUUCAAGCCGCCCAAGUACCACCCGGCUGUGCCCUAUGUCAAGCGGGUGAGGACCUGGCGCAUGCACCUGUUCACGAUCACUCAGAUCAUCUGUCUGGUCCUGCUGUGGGUAGUGAAGUCCUUCCAGUCCAUCUCGCUGAUCCUGCCCUUCAUCCUCAUUCUCACGGUGCCUCUGCGCCGGCACCUGCUGCCUCUCAUCUUCUGGGACCUGGAGCUCCAGUGUCUGGAUGCUGACGAUGCCAAGCCGAACUUUGAUGAGGAGGAAGGUCAGGAUGAAUACAACGAGGUGUCCAUGCCCGUGUGAGGGGAAGGCCCAGGCCUCAGAGCCCCUCGGCCCUCCCGCCUCCCCAUUCUUCCAGGAAAAUCGGAAGUUCAUGGGUAUCUCAUAGACUCUCAUAUCCCUCCUGGGGUAGCAACUGAAGCCCUGGGGCUGUGGGUGGGGGGUGGAAGGGGUGACUAGUAAACCAGCUUUUAUGGCUGGGAUGGCCCGUAGGGUCCACACUAGGAAAUUUGCCAUGCAGUCCCCGCUCCCACUGCCACACGGCCACAUGGGGCUCCCAAGCUGGAGGACUGAGCCAACCUCUUCACAGCUGGCACAGACAGGGGCAGUGGCAAGGAAGGUGGGGAGGAGGUGGUGAGGUUCAAGUUCCUGCAUGCUGUGUGACCUUGGGCAAGUCCCCUUACUUCUCCAGCCUCUGCUUCCUCUUCUGUAAAAUGGGUAUAUUUAUCAUAAUACCCACGUUGCAGGAUGGUUACUGAGGACCAAAGAUAAAUGUGAAAAAGGGGCCUUGUCAACUCUGAAAGGACUGUCAUAGGGUAGCCAUCAUUCUUCUUCAGGCCGCCCCAAGGUCACACGGCUCCUGAGCCGCACAGUGGGGGUUUGAACCAGGUCUUCCAACUCUGAGGCCAGAACCCUAUGCUCUACUUCAGUCACCCACCUUCCCAUGCCUAGAGAUGUCCCUGCUGACUUCCCCUCUCUGUCCCCAGCCCUGUCCCUGGGACCCUGUUCUCUGGGGCAGAGGGAGGUGUCCUGGUGAGGGCAAGCGGCAGGUGAAGACGCAGUCAGGGCUAGGACUCAAGACUCCUAAGUGCCCAGUCCCUCCUCCUAUGCUCCAGCUUGGUCACGUGUUCAUUCAUUCUACAAACAUUUACUGAGAGCCCUGACCCUGCAGAUACAGGGCAUCUGAGACAAGACUCAGCCCUGGG